GAGAGGGCCUAUCCGGGCUGCGUCUCUCCACGGCGGCGUGCGAAGCCGCGUCGCCGAAGGGGGAAGAGCGCAGACGGAUCAAGAGGCUGGAGGCAGGCACAGCCUGGCCCGGAGCCGUCCGCCGUUGGGUCGUGGCGCCUACUCCACCCCACACCACCCAUGUCCUCCGCCUCGUGCCUCGCCCCUCCCGCUCCAAGGUUCCGGGUUCGGCUCCCACCUCUCUCCUCCGCCGCGAGGCCGUCACUCGGCUUCGGGCCUCGGUGUGCGGCUCCAGCGAAGGGAUGGACAUUGUGGCACGUCUCAUGCUUCAGAAAUGAUCAGGAUGGGCCAACAACAUCUGACGAAGGUGAUGGCUUCAAGUACGUUGCCCAAUCACAGAGCUCCGGUGGUGUAGAGGUGAAAGAGGAAGAGGUGAGUACCUCAAAUGAGGAGCAGGUGCAGAAUUUCAAGGACAGGGAUUGGUUCCUGCAACUGCAGAAGAUAAAAGAAAAUUUACUGGGCAGAAUAGUAAGAUUUCAGACAGAACGCUGGACAGUACCUUGGACUGGACAAACCAUUGCUCAGGUCAUGAUUUUAUGGAUUGCCACAUUUUGGUUUGUGGGUUCCUGGAUAGUGCCAUUCUUGGCUCAUGCUGCUGGGUUUAGCAAGGAAACAUUGACACACAGAGGCCAGGCACUAUAUAGUCUCUUGACAGACAUAACAGAAGGCCUUGCUGGGAUUGCAAUCCUUCACCAAUGCCUUGGUAGAUUCCGGCCCCUUCCUCCUGGCUGGUUUGAGUUCAAUUUGAAGGGCAAAUGGCAUUUGGAUGUAGCAUUUGGGUGCCUGUUAUUCCCAUUAGUCAAUCUGCUCUCUCACAUAAACAUCAGCCUAGUUCCAAUGUCACCAGGUCCAGUUGUCGGGGUUUCCAGUGUAGAACAGUCCAUUGUGGCGCGUGAUCCAGUAGCAAUGGCCCUGUAUGCAGUGGUAGUCACCGUAUGUGCACCUAUAUGGGAAGAAAUUGUGUUCCGAGGAUUCCUUCUCCCAUCUCUAACACGGUACAUGCCACUUCCAUGGUCGAUUCUAGCAAGUGCUGCUGCUUUUGCACUCGCUCACUUCAAUGCACAGAGGGUGAUGCCUUUAGUGUUUCUUGGAGUGGUGAUGGGAGGGGUCUUUGCAAGAUCGCGCAACCUACUGGCAUCGAUGGUGCUGCAUAGCUUGUGGAAUGGCUUUGUGUUCUUGGAUUUGAUGAAAUGAGCUGAGCUGGUAUUAUGGUUUCAGUUCAAACUUGGACAUAUCUGCUGGAGCCUCGUCUGAAAAUGUUUUGGUGUAACAUGGACAGGAUUGAUUCUAUUCUUUCUGGACAAAAACAAGUCAUUUAAUGCAGCGGUGAAAUAGAAGAAGUCAUGUAGUCUGAAGCAAAGAGGGAACAGUUAGUGCAGGAAAAUAGACAACAGAAGAAGUGUUUUUUUUUGAGAAUUUUAUGUAGAUGAUUAAUCAAUGCAGCCUUAGGACCUGUACCCAGCUUCCAGAAGCAUCUGCCACAUUUUUGUAAAUUACAUACGCGGGAGAAUAAUUGUCUCGUCGUGUAUAGGAUUCCCCGUCCAUAUUGUUAAGGAAAUACAUGAUUUCCUGUCAUCCAGUGCCAUGCCUUGAACGCCUGAAUGGCUGUAUGCUUUGGAUGUUUGUACUUGCAUGGUUCUUUUCUGUA